GAUCGGUGUGCGUCAGCCUCACUCCAGGGGCUCUUGGAUGGGACCUGGCCUCCAAGGAACCAUGAACCUUUGGCUUUGGUUACUCUACUUCCUGCCAGUGUCUGGGACCCUGAAGGUCCUCCCAGAAGUACGGCUGGAAGUAGAGUUGGGUGGGUCCGUUUUCAUCGAGUGCCCACUCCCUCAAACACACGUGAGGAUGUAUCUGUGCCGGCAGAUGACCAACCCUGCAAUAUGCGCCACUGUGGUGUCCAACAUCUUUGUCAAGAAGGAAUAUAAAAGGCGGGUCACCCUGAAGCCAUUCUUGGAUAAGAAGCUGUUCCAAGUGGAGAUGACACAGCUGACUAAAGAUGACGAAGGAAUCUAUGCCUGUGGUGUGGGCACAAACACAGACCUCGGCAAGACCCAGAAAGUCACCCUGAACGUCCGUAAUGAAUUCCCAGAAUAUCCAGAGCCAUUCUGGGACGAUGAACCGACAUCUGAGCCAUUGCCAAGAUGGUGGUUGCACAGAUAUCCGGAGGAGCUUCCCUGGCUCGAAAUGGGUGAACAUGCCAGCCCUUCUGGAUUCAUAGACAAAGUUACCACACUAUCUCCAAAGACUAAGGCCCCUCCAGUUCACCAGCCCUCCACCAACACUUCAGUAACCCGCCAUCCCAGAGUUUACGGAGCAUCUUCUGAAACACCUACCAAGCCCUCAGUGCUCCUGCCAGCUACCGCAGCCUUCAAAACCUCUGCUCGGCAAGCAUCCAGGCUCCUCGAGGCCAGCUACAGCCACCACACCAGACUUCAUGGGGAAAGGACACCCCACUACGGUUCACAGUAUGGGAGAGAAGACCGAGGGCUUCACAUCUCCAUCCCAGAAUUUCACAUCCUGAUUCCGACCUUCCUGGGCUUCCUCUUGCUGGUUCUUUUGGGACUGGUGGUAAAACGAGCCAUUCAAAGGAGGAGAGCCUUCUCCAGGCGCGUAGGCCGAAUGACGAGGAGAAUGCGAGGCCGGGGGCCUUCCCGCCAGAUCCCUACACAGCGCCGGGAUGCCCCGCAGAGGCCGCGCUCGCAGAACAACGUCUACAGCGCCUGCCCGCGGCGCGCACGGGAACCCGACAACGUGGGUUCAGCAGAGGCUCUGCUCCUCAACGCCCCAGCCUCGGCGCCCCCAACCCUGCCACUGGUACUUGAAACUUCUUGGCCCCACACCCCGUCUCUGAAGAUGAGCUGUGAAUACGUGAGCUUGGGCCACCAGCCUGCUGUCAACGUGGAAGACCAGGAUUCAAACGAUUACAUCAAUAUUCCUGGCCUACCUCAUCUCCCCAGCAAGCCCCCAGGGCCCAGACCUUCAGGCCAAUGAAUCCUAUCUGUUUGCUGAUGCCUAGCACUUUUUCCUUACAGGAUCCCUGUCACCUCGUAUGUCCUAUCCCCUAACUCAACUCUUGCCUGACUGAAUGCCUUGAGAAUAGUCCAUUACAAGCUAAUUUCUCACCCCA